GUUCGCCUAGGCUGCAAACCUCGGAGCUUUGGUGUGGGGAAACUCAAAGAGAAUGCUGGCUGCCUUACCUCUAGCAUUUAAGUUCAACUCAGGAUGCUGUGAAAGAGCCAAGGAUGAGUGAGGCAUCUCAGAGCCUGUGAGCUCACAGAUGAAGAAGGUUUUUAGCUCUCAGGGUCUAAAUAGCCCUGAAAAGAGUUGCUUUGUCAAUCCGCAGAGUGGAUAUGAGGUCCACAUUAAAGACCUCAAGGAAAUACAUAAACUGGCCAUCGAGGGUGACGCAGUGGAGAUGCAGGACAUUCUUCUACGCCAGAUAGCUGUUCUGAAUUGCAGAGACAAAAACAACAGGACUGCUCUCCAUUUUGCAUGUGUCAAUGGGCACCAUGAAGUGGUAACUCAGCUGGUAAACGCCAGAUGUCUUCUUAACCUCUGUGAUAGUGAAAACAGGACAGCUCUGAUCAAGGCUGUGCAAUGCCAGCAAGAGAUCUGUGCAUCCAUUCUUCUAGAAUAUGGUGCGGAUCUGAAUGUGACGGACAUCUAUGGGAACACUGCUUUGCAUUAUGCUGUCUCUGGCCAAGAUAUUCUAUUAACAGCUAAUUUGAUUUCCUAUAAAGCAGAUAUUGAGGCAAAAAACAAGGAAGGCUUCACACCACUUCUACUUUCUGUAAGUAAUAACAACCUGCAAAUGUUGGAAUAUUUAAUAAUAAAAGGAGCAGAUAUUCAAGCAGUAGACAAAAAUAAAAGAAAUGCCCUCAUGCUUGCCCUAUACUGUGAAACACCAGAUAUAAUCAGGCUGCUUCUUCAACAAGGAAUCGAUAUCUUUUGUAAGGAUAUCUUUGGAAAGACGGCAUUAGAUUAUGCUACUUAUUUGGGCUUUGAAAUCAAUUUUCAAGUACUUUCUGAGUAUUUAGCAGAAAAGAAAGAAAUGUUUUCUCAAAAUGACAAUCAAGGAGCGGAUGAUAAGUCGUCUGGAGAAGUUCCUUCAUGUAGGUAG